AUGCGACGAUCGACCCGCUCGAAACGCUCGGCCAAGCUCGAAGCCGAGGACGAAGUCGACGAGCUCGACGAUGCGAUCGGCGAAUUGGUCGAGAACCCCCCGUCUGGUCGUAGUACCGGUUCCGCCGCCGAGUCCAAGCCCAAGACGGCCCCGAAAAACAAGAACAAAUACAACCUCACCCCUGGUCAGACCCCCUUCCCUGACUACCCUCACCCCACCCGGGAAGAAUGUCAAAACGUCAUCGACCUCUUGUCCACCGUCCACGAGAAACCCGAACGGACCAUGUUACCCUCAGUGACAGUCCCCGGAUGCGGAGAGGUCCCGGCAGUACUCGAUUCCUUGAUGAGGACCAUGUUGUCUGCAGCGACGACGACGGCCAACUCGUCCCGCGCUUUCCAGAACAUUGUCGAAAAGUACGGACUGUUGACGGAAGGGAUCGGGAAAGGGAGCGUUGAUUGGGACAAGGUUCGGCUGGGGACGCAGCAAGAGUUGUUCAAGGCUAUCCAGUGUGGAGGUCUGGCGCAGAACAAGAGCAAAAACAUCAAGGCUGUGCUGGAUAUGGUUCACGAGGAGAACCAAGAGCGACGGGAAGCCAUCCUCGCCGCCAAGAAGGAAACGCCAAAGGAGACCGCCGGCGAAUCUUCCCACCUCCCUCCCGGCGUCAAGCGAGAGACCUCUCAAGAACUUUCUGACGAGAUUUAUACUGCCGACGCCAACGUCCUCUCCCUCAAUUACCUCCACGCCCUCUCCACCGACGAAGCCAUGUCCAAACUCACCUCCUACCCUGGCGUGGGGGUAAAAACCGCUUCCUGCGUCAUCCUGUUCAAUUUCGGUCGAGGGAGCUUCGCCGUAGACACCCACGUGUGGAGGUUGUGUAGGUGGUUGGGAUGGGUUCCGGGUUAUGCGACGAGGAAUCAGACGUAUUCUCAUUGCGACGUGAGGAUACCGGAUGAGAUGAAGUAUGAUUUGCAUGGGUUGUUUUGGAAGCACGGAAAGUACUGCCCGAAAUGUCGAAUGAUCCCCGUCAAGGAUCGGCCACAACAUGAGCAGAUGGUCUGCCCGAUCGACGACUUGAUCAAGGCCAACGGGGGCAGGAAACAGCCCGAAGAGGGCGGCAAGCGCAAGAAAAAGACGGCGGCCAAGCCGAGGGCGACCAAGAAUUCUUCCAAGGGAAAGAAGAGAAAGGCCGAGUCGAGCGAGGAGGAAGAGUCGGAGCUGAGCGAUUUGGGGGACGAGUCUGAUUAG